AUGUGUGAAAGCGGGCGGUCGAGUGAGGAGGACGCGACAGAGUGAGUGGGCAGAGGGUGGCGCAGGAGAAGAAGGGCGGGACGCAGAGGUGUCGCCCCCAUCCGACGACUGUUUGCCAUUCGGAAACUCUUUUUGCCAUCUACUGAUGGGUCAUUUGACUGGUGGACGGAGAUUGGUUACGGGAGUUAUCAGGGAUGUGAAGGGAGGGAAAUGAGGCAAGAAGAAGGGGAAGAAGGAAAGGGAGAAAAAGCAGGGCGUCGUUAUGCAGAUCAGCUAAUCGGGGAGGAUUCGGAAGAAAUCGAGGAGACGUAGAGUAUCGAUUGAAAAGAACCGAAGAAGUCAUUAGGAUGAGGUGGUUUCAGCAAAGAAGAUAAGAAAAGUUAGUGGUGGAAUGGGAAUCAAGGAUGGGUGGGAAAGGAAAGAGAGAGUGCAAUAAUGUAGGUCGAGUGUGUGAAUGGAUCAGCAGUUUUUCCUAUCCGUUUCGAUAAGUCGACCUUGUUUUGGCGUGGCGACAAUUGAUAACACGCACGACGGCUGUGGCGUGCCGCCGGUCCGACGACGCCGGCCUAUUUUUUCUUGUUAUAUAAGCGCUCGUCAGAUUGACGGACGGAAGGAAAGGGGAAACGUUCUUGCAAUAGUCGUUUUGUUGAUGAAACAGUCGAGUCUAUGUCAUAGCGUUUCGGGAAAAGACUAAGGACAUUUAUUUCUCAUCAUGUUUAUGUGUAUGCGUACGCAAACAGAAGUAGUGGCAGUGAGUAAAAGAACAGAGAAUAAGUGGUUUUGUUGCAGGUACGUGCCGCCUUUGGAGGGCGAACUCGUCGAAAAAUGGCUAGAGGAAGACGAUCUGAAAAUCGGAAAAGUGCGCGACGAACUGACGAAACAGCAGUUUCUGCUGGACCUGCUGCACUCGAAGGUGGGUUUAGGAGGGGACACGACGGAUUAGCGACGAAGAUGAAUGCGUGGGAGAGAAACGAGUCUUGACGCUCACAAGUUUUCAAUGGAAUGCAUUUCAAGUGUGGAAUGAUAAAACCAUUAGAUGAACCUAUCUAGUCGAUCCACAGCAAAUCAAACUGCAAAAGAAAUAUGUAGUUUAUCACAAGAAGGUUAAACUGUCAGCGGCCGAACAUGCGCCGAACAAUAGAAGGGCGUGAGUGAAGAACGCAUUACAAAUCCUCGGAAUGUCUGCGAACGAACCGAUAGUGAAGUGAUAUCAGCGGGCGAAAGUCUACCCAUUCAACCGCCACGACGCCCACUUUCCGUCAGGCGCGUUUCGCAUUGAACCGUAAUUAGGAGGUAGUUAUGCAAGGUGAAACUGACCGCGCCGUUUCGAUUCAUCUUUUUCGCUUCAAACUCGAAGGUCGAACAUUUAUCGGAUGCGUCCAUCUUGCUGGCGCAAUGCCAACGAAACGAAUCCGUAUUGCAGAUUAGUGCGCGCCACGAAAGGGGUCGGGCGACCGGAGAAUUGGAUGAGCACGCGUGGCAAGUGCAGAACAGUAUCACGUUAAUCAAAAGAAGGCUGAAGGUAAGAGAUAGAGAGAGAGAGAGAGAGAGAGAGAGAGAGAGAGAGAGAGAGAUAGAGAGGGAGAGAGAGAGAGAGAGAGACGGAGGGGAUCAGAGAAGAGAGAGAGAGAAAUUGCAGCAACUGGUGGAAACGACUCCUCAGAUCGUUUCGCUAAGAACAACAGAUACUCGAUGCAUCGAGAUGUACGAGGAGAAGCAGCUGAUGGCGACGCAAGGAAUGCUCCGCGAGGAUAUUUCCGAAGAACGUCAACGCAUUGCACGGCUCUGUUGGAGACUUCGGGACAUUACCCAAUUGACGAGCAGAUCCAAUCAGGACGAGGAAAAAGACGAAACCGAGGAAAAAGCGUGGGAGGAAAGGUAUGAAGCCUCGGAAGACCCGCUGAAAAACUAUUCAUUUGCAGAUGCAAACUGGAAGAAGCUGCCCGCAGUGCCCUUCUAGAAGAGAUCACCCGUCUCCGCUCAACUUGCGCUGAUCUUCGAGCCCGUUUGGAGAUGGAAUCUCUGAAUAAAGAGAAUCCGAACUACAACUCAGUCUAA